AUGUCCCUCAGGAGUCUUCCAUUGGUAACUCUAGUGGUUACUUUAUUCCUUAUACAGGCCACGGAAGGUUUUACUUUGUCUAGACAAGGCGGAUGUGCUCCUGUCAGUGUGAACUGCCCUAACGUCAAAUACGACUUCUCCUCGGGAUGUUUUGUUUGUACCGGUGGCGAAACCAAUCAACAACAGCCUUCUGCAGCACCUGUCCCGCAGUAUCUCAACCCAGUUAAGGAAAAUUGCAAGGACAAAGGCCUUAUGCUUCAACUCAUGCUGAAGAUUGAUAACGAUGGAUGUUCUAACUGUGGAUGUCCUAACUGUGGACACAGAGAACCAAUGCCUAUCAACAACGGAUGGAAUCCCAUGGCUCAUACAAAUACAUCCCCAUCUUCUACAACGACCACUCCCCCAGCAACGACAAAGACGAACCCUCCUGAAACUACGACAGAGAAUAUUCCAUGCCCCUGCAAAGACCCAGCUCAUCAUACAACAAGUUCUCAUUCUACCACCAGUACAACUGCUUCGACUCCAGAAACCACUCCUAUACCAACUACUACCACCUCUCAAACAACAACUACAGAGAAAACUACUUCAAAGACGCAUCCUACUACAACAUUGUCUUCCUCUACAAUAACUACUCCUACUUCAACGAUUUCAACGAUUACUACUACAACGUCCAAAGCAACUUCAAUGAAGCUAACUUCUACUUCGAAAAAGCCAACUUCUACUGUAAAAACUGUACCAACUAAAAGACUACAUCGAUCUUCAACGACGACAACCACCUCAACAAAGCCUACAACCUCUACAACCACUUCAACAAAGCCUAUAACCUCUACAACCACCUCAACAAAGCCUACAACCUCUACAAAAACUCUACCUACUCACACUGCAGCAACUUCUCCAAUUAAAAAGAGUACAACAUCUAAAAUACCUGUUUCAUCCACCGCAGCUUCUACCUCAACUAAAAACUCAGCAACCUCGGCUUCUUCACAAGAGAGCAGCUCCUCUCAUAACCACUCGAACAACAGCAAUUCCAAACAUGACAACGUCUCAAACAACAAUUUAAAUCAGAGUAACAACUUUACCAAUAGCUCUUCUCAUAGCAACACCUUCUCAAGCAGCAGUUCUUCUAGCAGUAGCUCUUCUAGCAGCAGUUCCUCUUCUAGCAGUAGCUUCUCUAGCAGCAGUUUUUCAAGCAACAGCGGCACCCAAAAUAAGAACCAAACGCACGGCGGCCACCAUCACAAUAACCACCAUCACAAUAGCAAGCAUCCAAACAAUGGCACAAAUUCUCACAGCAACACUUUCUCUAACAGUAGCUCAUCCCAAAGCAGCUCGUCCAGCAGCAGCAGCAGCUUCUCGCAAAAUAGCAACAAUUCUAACAGCAGCCAUCCUCUCAGCAACCACAAUUCUCAAAACAACACUUCACACAGCAAUCAUCCUAACAACUUCUCUAACAGCAGUUCUUCCCAAAGCAACCAUUACUCCCAAACAAACAGUUAUUCAUCAAAUAACGGUUUUUCCCAGAAUAACUUCUCAAACAGUAGCUCAUCCCACAACAACCACGCCCAAAAUAGCAGUUCCAACACAAACAAUAGCAACUCGAAUAACAGCUCCUCUAAAAAUAACAACUUCUCCGGACACAAUAAUUCUUCAAAUGGCACGAACACUUCCAACAAAAACUCAUCAAGCACCAUGAACACUUCUAAAAACUCCUCGAACAACACUAACACCUCCAGCAAUAACUCCUCAAAUAAUAUGAACACUUCCAAAAAUAAUUCUUCAAACAACAUGAAUAGCUCCAAGAACAACAACAACGCCAACACCAUAAACAAUUCUAACAAUAACUCUUCUAACACCAUGAGCACCUCAAGCAAAACCUCCUCAAGUAACAUUAACAAUUCCAAAAAUAACUCAAGUAAUACCAACACUUCCAGCAAGAAUUCUUCAAAUAACAUGAACAAUUCCAAGAAUAAUUCAUCAAAUAAUAUGAAUACUACAAAGAAUAACUCUUCUAACACCACAAGCACUUCCAGCAACAGUAACCAAUCCAGCAGUUCUAACAACUCCAACAUUAGUCAAUCCCAAAAGAACAACUCUUCUAACAACAGUUUCCUAAAAACAACUACCCUUAAAACAACGACUACUACGUCGACAACGACUACUCCAACUACAACGACAACUCCCACAACAACAACUCCAACUACAACGACUACUCCUUCAACAACAACUCCAACUCCAACGACUACACCAACGACAACGACUACUCCCACGACAACAACUACUCCCACAACAACAACUACUCCCACAACAACAACUCCAACUACAACGACUACUCCCUCAACAACAACUACACCGACUACAACGACUACUCCCUCAACAACAACAACUCCCUCAACAACAACUACACCGACUACAACGACUACUCCCACGACAACAACAACUCCAACAACAACCACUACUCCCUCUACAACUACAACACCAACGACUACACUUAAGAUAACUAUGCCACCAGCAUUAACAACUACACAGAAAAUAACUGUACCACCCUCCCUGAAAACAACAACACUCGAGUCAACAACAACAACAAUGCCAACAACCACAGGUUGCCCGCCUUUCCCAAGCAACUGUCCGGUAGCGUGUGGAAGCUUUGACAUGAUGACUUUUUGUCCUAUCUGUGACUACAGCCUGUGUGGUAUCGGGAUAAGGGCGUCAAUUUAUUCAUCUGAGGAGGAAAGUAAUCGAGGAGAACGGAUUUUGUUAAAUGACCCGUCACUGUUUGACCAGCGACUUCAACAGAUAGACAACAAAAUCCAAAGUAUGACGUCAGAAAUUCAGAGCAUGACGUCAGAACUCCAUCAGACCACGCAAAACAUUCAAGAUGUAACUAUCAAACUUCAACAAGCAGAGGCGUCCAUUAGUAAACUGAUGCAUUCCAGUGCAGGAAAAUCUACUUAUGUGAGGUGGGGAAAACAUGGAUGUGGUGACAAUGCAACCUUAAUAUAUACUGGUCAGAUAGGUGGUUCCGCCUAUUCCCAAACUGGGGGCGCUGCAAACCCACUAUGUAUGUUGCACGAUGAUCUCUGGGGAUCUAAAAAACCAGAAAACUACAUGGCUGAAAUUCGAGGUGCAGAGUACCAGGAUGUCUUUUGGGGAAAACAGAAGUUUAGACAAGGACGUGCCAUGCGCCGUGUGCUCGCCUAUAGAUGGCGCUAG